AUGCCGAAAGGAUUUGAUGAAUUUAUUGACUGUAUAAAUUCUAUUGAAGUUGAGGAUCUGAAUUGCACUGGUUUUCAGUUUACUUGGAACAAAUCUCCUGCUGGGAAUAAGGGUCUUUUGAAGAAGUUAGAUAGGGUGAUGGUUAAUUUGAAAUUUGUUUCUGAUCAUCCUUUAGCUCAUGCUGUUUUUAAACCUUAUAGGGUAUCAGACCAUUGUCCUGCUGUUUUAAAUGUUCCUGCUGGAAAAUUGAGAUGGAAACCUUCUUUUAGGUUUGCCAAUUUUAUUACAGAGAAGAAGGAGUUUUUACCUUUGGUUAAAGAGAUUUGGGGCACUAAUAUUGAAGGUUUUUUUAUGUUCAAAGUUUUUCAGAAGUUGAAGAUUCUUAAAAAGUAUUGUCGGGAGCUAUGUAGUAAAUACAGGGGUUCUGGGAAGAGAAUUCAAAAGUUGAGAAAGGAAUUGGAAAGUAAACAAGCUGAUAUUGAUCUUAAUCCUUUUGAUAGUAAGAUUAGGGAGGAGCAUCCUAAUACUCUUUUUGAGUUCAAUGUUGCGUGUAAUGAUGAAGAAUUGCUUCUCUCCCAGAGAUCUAAGAUGAAUUGGUUAUUGGAAGGGGACAAUAAUACUAAGUUUUUUCAUAGAGUUGUGAAGAGCAGGGGUAAUAAAAAUCGUAUAUUGAUGGUGCUUGAUGAAGAUGGAAGAUGGGUUAGUGGGAAGGCUAUGAAGGAGAAAUUUGUCAAUCAUUUCAAGAAGUUUUUGGGAUGUGAAGAUAUAAUUGAGUUCUCGUGUUUAAAUGAUGGGUUCUUUCAUAAUAAAUUAGACAGUAGGGUGGCUUUGAAUAUGAUUAGAGUGGUUACUGAUGAAGAAAUUAAAGUUGCGAUGUUUGAUAUUGAUGACAAUCGUGCCCCUGGUCCGGAUGGGUUUUCCUCCAAAUUUUUUAAAACUGCUUGGAAUAUUGUUGGGCCGGAGGUGUGUAAAGCUGUGAGGGAAUUUUUUUGGACUGGUAAAUUGUUGAAAGGGCUUAAUGCUACGAGAAUUAUGUUGGUCCCUAAAGUGGAGUUCCCGAGGAAAGUUUCUGAUUUCCGUCCUAUAGCUUGCUGUAACACUUUGUAUAAGUGUAUUAGUAAGAUUAGAGUGAAUAGAAUUAGAAAUAAUCUGGGAGAUAUUGUGAGCAAAAAUCAUUCAGCUUUUAUUCCAGGGAGAUCUAUUUUAGAUAAUAUUCUUCUUGCUCAGGAUCUGAUGGUAGGUUAUAAAAAUAAAAGAGGAAUUCCUAAAUGUACUUUAAAGAUUGACAUUCAAAAGGCUUAUGACACGGUGGAUUGGAAAUUGCUUAAAAGGAUCCUCUUGGGUUUUGGGUUUCAUCCGAUAAUGACUGAGUGGAUUAUGGCUUGUGUGUCAUCUCCGUGGUUCAUGUUGAAUUUUAAUGGUGAAGAUCACGGGUUUUUUGAAGGUAAAAGGGGUCUUAGGCAGGGUGAUCCUCUAUAUCCUUACCUGUUUACUAUAGUUAUGGAGGUUUUUAAUCUCAUUCUUUUGAAGAAAAUUGAAGAUUUCCAGAAUUUUAAGUUUCAUAGUAAGUGUUUGUCCCAAAAAAUCACACACUUAUGCUUUGCUGAUGAUUUGUUAGUCUUUUCUUAUGGGAAUGGGAAUUCAGCUAGAGUCGUUAGGGAUGCUCUUAAUGAUUUGAAAAAAGUUUCAGGGUUGAAGGCGAGCAUGGAAAAAAGUCAGAUUUUCUUUAGUUGUGUUAAACCCAAUAUGAGAAGGAUUAUAUUGGGCAUUCUUCCUUUUGAUAUUGGGAAAUUUCCUUUUGAGUAUCUUGGAAUUCCUAUGUGUGUUACUAAGUUAUUUUGCAGAGAUUGUAAACAGCUUGUUGAGAAGAUUAAGAUGAGAAUUCUUAAUUGGAAAAGUAAGGCCUUAUCGUUUGCUGGGAGGUUGCUACUCAUUAAUUCUGUUUUGACUACUAUUCAUGUGUAUUGGGCCUCGAUCUUUAAAAUUCCUAUUGCCACAAUUAGAGAGAUUGAGAAGAUUUGUAGAAGUUACCCGUGGGCGAAUGGUGAGAUAGUCAAAGGGAAAGCUAAAGUCAAGUGGAUUGAUAUUUGUAGGCCUAAAGAUUAUGGUGGGUUAGGGGUGAAGAAUUUAAGGAAAUGGAAUGAUGCCUUGUUAGCUAAACAUGUGUGGAAUGUGAUUAAUAAUAAAAACUCUCUAUGGGUCCAAUGGGUGAAAAAGAAUUACAUUGGUGAUAGGAACUUUUGGGAUAUUUUACAGAAGAAGAGUAUGAGCUGGACUUGGAAGAGGUUCCUUGAGGUGAGGAAAAUUGUUAGGCCUCAUGUAGUUUCGUGUGUGGGAAAUGGGAUGAAUACUUCUCUUUGGCAUGACUGGUGGCACCCAAUUGGUAUUUUAAGCACUAUUAUAUCUAGAAAGGAUUGGAUUAGAAAUGGGUUUAGUGAUAUAUCCAAGGUCAAUGAUGUUAUGGUUAAUGAUUUCUAUUUAUGGCCGAUUGAGUGGGUGAUUGAAUUCCCUGGAUUGAAGGACGGUCCCAUGUUUUGUAUUGAUGCUAAUCAGAGGGAUGUUACUGGUUGGAGAGAUAAGAAUGGGGUGUGUAAACAAUUUUCAUGCAAAAAGGUGUGGAGAGAUAUAAAUAAUUUUGGUGACAAAGUUCCUUGGUAUGAUAUUGUGUGGUAUGGUAACUGCAUUCCUCGAAAUUCGUUUAUAUUAUGGUUGGCUAUUUUGAAUAGACUGAAGACCCAUGAUCGAGUCAAAGGUUGGGAGAUUUCUGGUAAUUUACUUUGUCCUUUCUGUGCUAUUUCUUCUGAUUCCCAUGAUCACCUCCUCUUCAAAUGGAAGUCGGUUGAGAAUUUGGUUAAUAAAUGUGUGUUUGCCAGUUGUGUUUCUCAUAUUUGGAAGGAGAGAAAUUCUAGACUCUUUAGUAGUAGGAGGAAUUCGCAUAAGGUGGUGAUUUCUUGUAUUGAAAGUGAAAUACAAUUGAAGCUGUUGGGGUUGAGGAAAAAGACUAUUAUGAUUGAUGGUUGGCGGUUCUCGAGUUUGGGAUUGGAUGAGGAUGAUGCUUAA